UUGGUCAUUUAAAUUUUAAACCAACAGCAAUGUCGAACUAUCCAAAAUUUGAUUUUAGAGAUGUUUCCUUAGGUUUGAGGAUACUUCGAGACUUUUUAUUAGGUAGAAAACACAAUUUGCACGGGCGUUUUCAACCCGUCAUCGCUCCUAGGUCGAUCCCACCGCCGCAGAUCCCUCGUGGUCCUGUGUACAAAUAUUCCAAUCAAUAUUAUUGCGAGAGAAACGCGUACGAUUCUGUAAAACCUCCUGUGGUGGCGCCGAUAGCUGAGGGCCCCCCGCUGACCAGGGAUCCGUUCAAGAAAGCGCAAGCUGGCGGUAUACCACCUGAUUCGGUUUGUUUCAACUUCGCUCCGACUCCCGGCGACGCCUGGUGGUGGGACGGGCAUUGCUAUUACGAAUGCGUACCGGAGCCCCAGCCGUACUGUCCGGAGCGCCCCCCGCCGCGGCCCAAAGAGUGCGGCGCGAAGGAGGAGCCUCCCCCUUGCCCCCCCUGCCCGCCAUGUCCUUUAGCCCCGGAUAAAAUACCUCAUUCUAAGUGCUGA